AUGCUAGAAAGCAGUUUUGUGGAGAUGAACCUGGGGGUCCUGGUGGACAAGAAGUUAACCGUGAGCCAGCAAUAUGCUCUUGUCGUCAAGAAGGCAAAUGCGGGAACAACAUACAUCUUUAGCAAAGGAGGUGGACAAAUCACUUACACGUGGCCUCCUAACGAUCGGCCAAGCACUCGCGCGGACAGACUGGCAAUAGGCUUUAGUACUGUUCAAAAAGAAGCUGUGUUGGUACGAGUGGACAGUUCUACUGGGCUUGGAGAUUAUUUAGAGCUGCAUAUCCACCAGGGAAAAAUUGGAGUUAAAUUUAAUGUUGGAACUGAUGACAUCUCUAUUGAAGAGAUCAACGCAAUCAUUAAUGAUGGAAAAUACCAUGUAGUACGUUUCACAAGAAGUGGUGGUAAUGCCACAUUGCAGGUGGACAACUGGCCAGUUAUCGAACGUUACCCAGCAG